AUGGUGAGGGAGGCCUUGCCUGCGUGCCCCGCCCCCGGCGGGCCGGGAUCCCUUCUGCUUCCCUCCGGAACUGUCGAGACGCUCCUGCGGCGAACCUGUCUGGGCGGCGUCCGCGUGCCGUGUCCACUCUGCAGCAGUGUGGCCUGUAGCAGUUGCACGUGUUUCGCGCUGCCUCCGUCAGCCCCGUCGAGGGCGUCCGCCGCAGCCAAGCGGCCCAGCUGUGGCGGCGUCCACGCACCUGUGGAAGGCGCUCCCGUGUGGACGCGGUCUCGGGAACCUGCAGACGAUUUCUUCCAAGUCGACGACCUGGUUUCCCUCCUGCAUCGAAACGUCUCCUGGACCCGCGUGGCUGUACAGUUGCCGACGGAAAUGCUCGGGGAGACUCCGUGGCUGUCCCGCCGCCUCCGGAACGCCUGCAAACGGAGCGCGCCCCAGGAACCGCUCAACCUCGCAAACCCCGCCGCUGGCGAGGGCGCCUCCGACCCCGAGACGGAGGAGUCUCUGGUCCCUCCAGGCGCUCUGGACGCUUCGGGCGCGUCCCCUGGAAAGAGCCCCGGACCGGCCGGGAGCGAGACGGAAGAUCAACUCCGGAAGCGGAUCAAGAUGGGCACUCAGGCGGAUGAUGCCAAGCAAGGUGGAAAGGGAGACCAGACUGGAGAAGACCUCGCGCCUGGGAAAGGGAAACGCAGUGAAUCCACCAGCGAGGGUGACGCCCAAGGCAGGUUCCCGGCAGGAUGCACGCAGGCCGUGUGCGACAAGGGGACUCUAGAGGCAGCACGGAGUGCGCCAGGGGCUCCGACGUUUUUUCUUCUCGGAGACACUGUCCACAGCAACUGUUGCGCCGAUCAGAUUGCCGCUGCCCAUAUUGAACCCCACGCCCUCGUCCACUACGGCUACGCGUGUCUGAGUUGGCCAGUGACGGGGCCGCCGUGCCCAGUCCUGUAUCGUUACACGUCGCUCCCGCUGAACGUGUCGCACUUUUCCUGCUCUCUGUGCCGACACCUGAAAGUCUUCCGCGAGCAACGGCUCGCGGCGUACCGGCAGCAACUCGCUACCCUCGGGAGAGCCGCGUCGCCGCAGUCGCGGUCUGCCGGGGGCGCAGACGCGAGUCCGUCGCGCGGAUCUGGGCGCGCGCCGCUCGCGUCUGUGCCGCCUCUGUCGGUGUCCUCUGCGGUUCUCGGCGACGGGCUGUCUCUCUCUGCGGCUCUCCAGUCGUGCAUGUCGUUGCGCGGCCGGAUUCCUCAGGUGCCGCUGUCGACCUUUCGGCCAGUCUCGACGCUUCCCGGGGCGUUCUGUCAGGCGUACGCCUGUCCCCUGAUCCUCGUCUACGACGUCCGGUACCACUACGCGUUGCCUUGCAUUCUCCAGCACAUCGCCUCGCUCUUCCUCGCGCCCUCGCCGCCGUCCUCGGUCUCCACGACCCCGCCCCUGUCCUCGCCGGCCUCGGCGACGCCGCCGCUGCAUGCACUUCGAGAUCCCUCCCGCUUCGCCGGAGAGUUCUCGGAAAGCGGCGCGUACUCGUCGGGGACCUCGUCGCCCAGCGUCGACGCCGGCUACACGGACGACGACAACUCGCUCCAGGCAGCUGCGGAUGCCCUCGCGGCGGCUGAGCGCCAGGACGCCUCCGACGCGAGAGUCGAGCGAGGCCGGAGGGAGGAGACGCCGCCACGCACCACGGAGCAGUUCCCUGUGGACGCGUUCCUGCGGCUCGGCGAAGGCGGCGGGUCGCGGAUGGCCGUCGUGGGGAACGCGAUGCCUGCGGGCGCCGUGCGAGAGGCGUCACCGCUGCGAGACGGGGACUGGAGACACUGCUCGCCGUCGCCUUCCGCCGCCUCAUGCGCCAGAAUGAUGGGCUCCGGCGCGUCCGACUGGCAGCUGACCAGUCUCUGCGUGGCCCUCGCCCCUAGCGCUUGCCUGCCGUCGAAGGACUAUGACGUGGGCGCCCUCGAGCCCUGUGUCCUGCCUGGAUCCGCGCUCGGGGAGGAGACUGAGGCGCCGAGGAAGGCGCAGCGGGUCGCGGCGGAGGACGAAGAGCGCGAGUUGGACCCCCCGGAGCUCCAGAGGAGACAGUUUUCGUCGCUAGUCAUCUCGUUCGGUUCUGCGCAGCCUUCGGCGAAGAGCCAGGGCGACGUCGCGAGUCCCGCGGGCGCAGAAUCUGCGGGCUCUACGGCUGCGUCUGCCGCUCCGCCCACCUGGUUUUUCUCGCUGCCGUUCUCCUGGACUCCGAGACUCGUGUUUCUCGGGCCCCAGCUCCAUCCCGUCCAGCGGCUGGUUCAACAACAGGCCAGCGGAAAGGGCAAAGGAGGAAUCUCGGUCCGGGCUGCCGGAGCGAGUCUGCGGAUUUCACUGAGCGCGUACACGGCAGUCGCCGGACGCUUUGUGUUCCAAGUGCUGUAUCGCUCCUUCGACCGCACGAUAGGCCUUGCGCCUGUGCUGCCGCUGUCGGCGUCGUUGCGCGGCGUCCCGUGUCUGAAGAGCCCCAGUCGGGCGCGCGACGGUCCCGAGUUCGUCCCCAUCGAGGAGGCCCUCGGAGCCUGCGGGUGGGGCGACGGGGUGGCGCGCGAGCGCGGAGACAUCUGUCUCCUCUACGUCGGGCCCACAGUGGAGACUUCGCCCACGGACGAGCAGUCUGCGCAGGCGGCAGGUUCCGCGCGGUUCACGUAUGAGUCGGCGGCGCAUCCUUCGGUGUAUUCAUACGCGACGGCGUUUGGGAGCUCCGCGGCGGAGGGUCCAGGAAAGAGUGGCGGAGCGGCCGACGUCGGCACCGGCACGGGCAGAGCCUUCGAAGGGAACGAGACGCUGGCGGGCUGGCAGGCGUACAGGGAGAUGCGUGGAAAGCUCGCACCGCCUCCUCUUCUCCACCGUCUUCUCCUCAGGUACGGCGGCGUCGACCGGCUGCAGCUCCUCAGCUACGACCCAACCUUCUUCACGGGAACCCCGAACCAGGAGCACCUCGUGAAGCAGUUCCAGAGACUCCAAGUCUUUGAUCAGCAGCGGGACGAAGAAGAUGCAGAGCUGUUUCUUUCUCCGGACACCACUGCCGACGAGGCAGAGGACUUGCCUGAGGAAGGCUCGCGGCGUCGGCCGAUGUCGAGCGUGCAUAUAAGCGAGAGGAGACCGGGCGGCCAUUCGCUCGCAUCGCGGCAAGAGGAGGAGUUGACGGCGCUCGACGGCGUCGGCGAAGAUGAGAAAGAGUACUUCCGGUCGUCACUGUGCAUCCUCGACGAAUCAGACAGAGCCGCGUCGGCUCUGCAGAAACAGUACAGCCGCGUGAGCUCCUUGGCUGAGACAACAAACUGCACGGCUCUCCUGCUUCUCGGGCCCCAGGUGUAUGGCCAGCCGGGCGUCUUGGACUAUGUUCAGCGGCAACUGCAGAAACGGGAGGGCGAAGCUCGACACGUGGUGCGCAUCGCCAUGGGCGAAGUGACGCCAGCGAAGCUCUUGAAUUUCGAAGAAGUCGACUCGGCGUGUCUCUUUGGAUGCCCAGAGCUGUGUCUUCGGUUGCAGCAGGAGCAGAAGGCCCGCGGGUUGCCGCAGCUCCUCGUGCUCCCCGUCGAUGCCUUGGCGGCGACGGACGGGGCCUUUUCCUGGUCGCCGGCCCGCCAGCCGAUCGAGGCCGACGAACUGAGUCAGCAGAUCGCUCUUCAUCUGGGCUGUGCGCCGGCGGAGAUCGAGGCGCGUGUCCGCGAAUCUUCCGGCGAGAAGCGAGAAGAAAGCGAGACGGCGGUGGCGGGUCGAGACCCACAGGCAGAAGGCGCGGGAAAUCAGCCCGAGAAGGACGGCGUCUCGAAGGAGAAGUCCAGCAGUUGGGACCUGGCGCUUCGGGGAGGCUCCGACGUACUCCAGUGCGUUUUGGGGCAAGACGUCCUCGCGAAGGCCGCCGACAGACACUUCAAAGGGGUGAGCUUCGGCGAGGAGGGAACAAGCGAACCAGGAAAGCACUUGCCGCCUGCGCACGAGAUUCUCCAAGGCCUCUCGGGUGUUGCUAGUGAGUACGAGAAGGAGCGGCCGGUCUCCCGCCCGGACGGCGAGAAGUCCGGCAGGGAGUAA